AUGGCUCCCCGCUGGCCCUCCCUGCUGCUCCUCGCCUGCGCCCUGGCGCUGCUGGCCGGGCACCCCAGCACCGCCGGCCCCGCGCAGCCCACCUACCCCGGGGACGACGCGCCCGUCGAGGACCUCGUCCGCUUCUACAACGACCUCCAGCAGUACCUCAACGUGGUCACGCGGCACCGGUAUGGCAAGCGGUCGGGCGGCCGGGUGCUGUGUGAGGAGCCCUUCGGCGCCGCGGGGUGCUGA